GGCACUCCCUAGAUCGAAGAAAUCGACGUGGACGCAGAGUCGCAGCAGCCAGCGGUACCGAGUAGCGAAGCGCCGCCCCAAAUUUGGCCUUUUUUGGGAUCUCCGGAGAAGAUCUCUCUUCUCUCUCGCUUCUUUUCACGCCGAAUCUACCUCCUCUUCAACUUUUCUGCCGGCCUCCUUUCUAAAAUCCACUCUUCUUCCAGAUAAUUUCCUUGCCUAAUUUGUGCCCUCUGAAAAGUACUCUAUGGAGGCUGAAAAUUUCAUCAGUCUGCCUGCUUGUAGUGGUGCUGAAUCUGAAACUGAAGAUAUUCUUUCUCUGCCUGGAGAAUCUGAGGCUAUUGAAGAGAGAGCAAACAAUGAGACUCCACAAAACAAUGGCAAUGUUGGAAGUGAAGGAACCCAAUUACUUCAUGGAAUGGAUAAUGACAUAGAUUUUGGAAAAAAUCACUCUGCAUUUCAAGUUAGCAUUGAAAUCAAUCAAACACUCGAGGUUACAGAGAAGAUGAAUUCUGUCAACUCUAAGAUGUGCACUGACAAUGGUUUUGUAACUGUUAAAGACGAAAGCAAUAUUGCUAGCCACAGAGAAGAUCCUCAUCUUGUCAGGAGAUCAGAGAUUGGUCCAAGUGCCUUAUCUGGUGCCAAGAGACCACGAUCAACUCUUGAAGAGGAGCAACCUUCAGUUCAUGUUAUUUAUAACGCUCUAACAAGGGAGAGUAAGCAGAAGCUUGAGGAACUGUUACGACAGUGGUCACAAUGGCACGCUGAGCAUUGCUCUUCAUUAAACGAUUCCACAAAAGGCCUCGAGUCUGGUGAGGAGACUUACUUCCCUGCUCUUCAUGUUGGUUUGGAGAAGCCCUGUGCAGUGUCUUUUUGGAUGGACGACCUACCAAGGAACAAAAAGGCUAAGGAGUAUACCCCAUUGGAUGACAACUCUGUACCUCUUUAUGACCGUGGAUACACAACUGCUCUGACUUCACCGGAUGGCUCAAACAAUUUGGAAGGAGGUUUGGAAGUUGUUGAUGUUUCUCGUUGUUUCAACUGUGGUUCCUAUAGCCACUCAAUGAAGGAUUGUCGUAAACCUCGUGACACGGCUGCUGUCAAUAUUGCUCGGAAACAACACAUGUCGAGACGGAUUCAGAAUGCUAGUUCUCGUAAUUCUACUCGAUAUUAUCAAAAUUCACCAAAGGGAAAGUAUGAUGGUUUACGACCAGGAGUUCUUGAUCCUGAAACAAAACGAAUUUUGGGCCUUGGGGAGCUUGAUCCGCCUCCAUGGCUUAACAGGAUGCGGGAAAUAGGAUAUCCACCAGGCUAUCUAGAUCCAGAUAAUGAGGAUAUGCCCUCAGGGAUCACAAUAUUUGCUGAUGAGGAGAUUGAAGAGGAAACAGAGGAAGGAGAAAUUCUCGAGAAGACAGAUCCAGAGCCACCACCUAAGAAAAUGAGUGUUGAAUUUCCAGGGAUAAAUGCCCCAGUACCAGAGGAUGCAGAUAAAUGGCGAUGGGCAGCAGGGUCAUCCAGUUGGAAAAUUUCUAGAACUUCCUCAUACAGUAGGCAUAACCAUACAUCAGACCGAGAGCAUUAUCUUGAGCGACAAUUGUCCAGGGAUUUCCAAGACGAAGGGCAUGAUCAUAGAACAGAAACUAUCAACAGAGGGCAUCAUCACGAAAAAUUGCCUGGCGAUUUUGAGGACGAAGGCCCUCCUGGCUGUGGACAUGACCCUGUUAUGAGCCCCUCUCUAUCUCACAGAUUCAGAGGCCACGACUCCAAUUUUAGUUCUCCAAGUCCCAGGGAUGGUUCUUCAGCACCAAAAUCCCAUAGUUACGGAAGAUCCUCGUCGGACAGGGGCAGAAGAAGCCUACUUGUCCAUGACAGUUCUUCAAACCACAGUUCAUACUCAAGAUGACUAUUAUUCACUAAUUUCCUCACACCACCUCCAAUGGUGGUGAAUGAAAUGAGAGGAUAAUGGAUAUGUCUCUAUAAUUUUUUGUUUUCAAGAUGUUAGUUCCUCUAUGGCUGUACAUAAAUUAGACAUGAGAGGAAAUUAGAUGGAUAUGUGACUUUCAUUUAAUGCAGAUUUUGUAAUAAUUAAAGUUUGUUCCUCAUAAGACUACAUUUCAUCUUUCUGAAUUUUGACACCAUCAAUGCAGAACAAUAAUGCUACUUUCCUGCUCUGGCA